AUGGAGUGCAGCAGUCUUAUAGCUCAGGAAGCUUGGGAGAUUAAUGGGAAAGGCCCCUUUCACUCUGGAGGAAGAGAAGCAGCACAGAACAGGAGGUGUCUCAGCAAGCCAGCAGAAAACCCCACCUCAACAAACAAGGUGGAGAUCCUGAACCCCAGGGUGGUGGAGCAGGCAAGCACCAAUACCAGAACCCCCGAGUGUCUCAGUACAGGAGGAAGAGAUGACAUAGUCCUCGUUCUGAGCUGCCACUUUCUGACCCUUCCUCUUCCACAAUUACUCAGCAACUUCAUCUCCUAUGAAAUUCCCUCCAUCCAGAGCAUACAGAUUUGGGUAUAUGAUCCAGAAAAUGCAAGUCCUGAGGAGUUGGCCUCCAAUGCAUCAAAUCCUUCACUUAAUUCCAAGUCACUUAGUAUGCAGUUUCUCAGUAUGGGACAAGAACCUAUGAUUGUGUCAAUAAUCUCUCAUCAAGUUUACCCUCCAGAAAUCACUAAGCAAGAAGGGAUCUGGGAAACGCAUAUACCACUUACGAAAAGUAACCUUUUUAUGCAAAUCAAAGGAAAUUCAGUAGCUUUACAAGACUGCUUUAUCGCAGACUAUAUCUUUUUACUGUCCUAUGUUUCCCUAACUUUCAGUCAGAAUCCCGAGUACGUAAAAAUGACAUCGAAAGAUGAACGAAAUAUACUUUUUGACUGGCCCCCUUGUUUUCCUGCAACUGUUGCUACAGUUUCCCAUUGGGAGACCCUUUUUACAAAGGAUGCUUUCAAUACUUCAGAGAAGAUCAGAAUACCCCCCAACAGCCUGACUGAUGAAGAAAGGCAUGAUAUAGAAGAAGUUUGCAUAAUAGAGGAAGGAAUAGUAGUUUUAACAAAAGGUUCUGUUUACCUGAGGAGAAAGACAGAUUUCAUACAACUUGACAAGAAGUUUGGUAUUCCUCCGAAUGUAACUGGAAUAAAAACCAGAACCUAUUGUUGGCCUGGCUAUACACCAAGGGAUGGACUAGAAUUGAGUCAGAUAAUAGUGUGGACAAAAAAUGAAAUCUUCCUUGGAUAUUCUCAUUUAAAAUUUUACUUAUUAACAAGACUUGCAGACCUCAUGAAAAUUCUGAAUGUGAAAGAGGAGUCAUGGAAAGGAUUUUCUAUACGUCUUGCUACUUAUACCUCAGACCCAACUGGAGUUGCUUUGUUGUUAAGCAUGACUUCACAUUAUAAUUAUGAUUGGCUGUAUUUAGUGUUCUAUGACGAAGAUUCAGCUAAAUGGUAUCUACAAGACUUUUCAUUGACUUUGCCUUCUGGGCACAAAUUGGGUGCACUAUUCAUGUAUUCAGCAUUGCCAAAUUUUGUAAUAUGGGAUGACAAACAUGUCCACUAUAGCUACCAAAAUUAUUCAGAGAAUGGAUUUCUGCGGACCUAUCUAGGAAGCAUAGAUUUGACAACGGCAACAAAUAGCAGUAUUCACCAAGUUUUUAUAGAUUAUUAUGGGAAUGGUGUGAUAAAAAUGUUCAACAAUAAAAUGCUUUAUUUCAAACUUGAAAUUAAAGAUGUAGCACCGCUACAUGAUUGGGCUAACGAGAGUGACAAUACUUUAGUUUUAAUUAACCCUACUGGGGAUCUGUUUCUUGCAAAUCUUAAUUAUGGCAUAGCAAAAUCUUCAGAAUAUCCAAUAAUGCUGGAGUUAUAUAGUUCAAUUUUUAAAGAACAAACUAUUUGUCCAUAUCUGUUGUUUGAGAGCAGUAUUAUUGUAAGCAAUAUUUAUUUGGACAAGAGAGAUAAACUGACGUUCUGGGCUCAAGUAAUCUAUCGUGAGAAUCUUGGUGUGUAUCCUAUUGUGGAAAUCUAUGGACGAAAAAUAUUAAAGGAGAAGAGAGAUGUUAGCUAUGAAAUAGCCCUGGGAAUCUGCACUAAAAAUCUGACGGUGACAUUUUACCAAGCAAUUGACUAUGAAGGUGUAACGAAUUAUGAAGAACUCCAAGAGCAAUACACGGGUCAUGUGAUGAUUCAACUGCGACCCAGUCAGUUUGCAAAAACAUGUCCAUUAUCUAGUCAGGCAGUUCAUGUAUUUGUUGGCUGUUCCUCGCAAAGAUAUCUUGAACUCAAAGGAUAUAAGGAAAACCAAUGUCAGAGUAAAAACGCUACUUAUGUCAUUGAAAAGAAAUAUUUGAGGGGCAAUCCACCUGAAGACAUGCAUGUAAACUAUAAUGUUAGCAAAUAUGGCUGCCCUUUCAAAAUUUCUAUGACAAAAUCAUUCCACCCCGUCCUUCAUUUAUAUGAUGGUAAUAAAUUCGUUGAAGAAGUUAAAGCAAAUUUUAUUGUCUGGGAGAUAAACGGAAGAAAAGAUUUUGGCUAUACCUUAUCCAUGUCUGAUGCUGGUUGUGUGAAUCAAGCACAGUCAUGGAAAUCAAUGAUGGCACAAAAUGAACACCUCCCUCUUGAAGAAGUCUGGGGCCCUCACAAUUAUAGACACUGCUUUUCAUUUUCCACUGGAAAACCCGGAGAUCUAACACAACCAUAUGAGAUCAUCAACUUGACCAAUAAAAAUGAAAUAGUUUGGAAAAAUCACCAUGUUGGCUUUUUUAUAUUUCGAGCUAAGAUUAUUGAUCCAAACUACAGCUUCUGUAACCUAACAACCACCUUUGCAAUUGAGACAUUCGGCUUAAUUCCUGAAACAGAUCCGCUUCUGGUUUUUCUCUUCACAUUGCCUCUGAUAUUUGUUGUCUUGAUUUGUCUGGUCUUGAGCUACUUCCAGUAUUUAAAGUUUUUUCGAAAAUUUAUUUAUGAACCAUCUCUAGAAUCGAAACCUGCAGGCUUCCUGGCAAGACUUUUCCCAACAUCACCACUAGAGCGGUGCAAAGGACGAAGACUUCAAGAACCAGCAUGCAACACCGCAUCUCCUCGCCGAGCUCCUCCCCGAAGGUGGAGGGAGGACGGCGGUGAUGGGGCCACCAUUUUAGGCCUCGAAGGGGCCGUGGCCGAGGCCGGCUCCACUUCUGUGCCGGGCGGGCCCCGCCUCCAAGGGGGACGCCUGGCAGCCGCCCCUCGUCGAGGCCCCGCCUCUCCCACGUGUCCGCCUCGGGGAGGAGGAGCUGCCUCCUUCAAAGGAGUGGGAGCCGGCCGGGCCACCCGCGCUAUCUCUUGUGCUGCUAGCAGGGGAGAGGCUCCGUCUCCGCCCGUCCCGUGUGCGCUCCCCAGGCCCCCGAUGCUGUGGCGGUCCUGCCUCUGA